AUGAAUACUUUAAUUUUUUUCAUUGCCGGUUUAUCGCAUAUUUGGAAUGGGGAUGCAGUAAACUUUUCGGGCGGACUUAAGUCGAAUUACACUUUUCCCAAAGAUUUUGUGUUUGGCGUUUCGACAGCAGCAAUCCAAAUCGAAGGAGCGUCAAACGAAGAUGGAAAAACGGAAAGCAUUUGGGAUAACUUAGUGCGCACAAACCCAAAAUUCACCAAAGAUGGCUCUACUCCAGCUGUGGCGGCCGAUUCACAUGGUAUCGCCGAGUACUUGUGCGCGCACAAUCUGCUGAAGGCGCACGCCAGCGUUUACCAUUUGUUCGAUAGACAAUAUCGACCGAUAUAUGGAGGCAAAAUUGGAAUGUCCCUCGAUUCGAAUUGGGCUGAGCCGAAAGGUAACACUUCUAGUGAUGUCAAAGCAGCAGAGUUAUAUUUAAAAACACAUUUGGGCUGGUAUGCGCAUCCAGUAUAUUCUAGUGAGGGAAACUAUCCUCCAGAGCUCAUUAAACUUGUAGAUGAAAAGAGCCGGCUGCAGAAUUACACCCGCUCAAGGUUGCCGAAGUUCACACCUGAAGAAGUAGAGCAUAUUAAGGGUACAGCGGAUUUCUUUGGGUUAAACCACUAUACGACGUAUCUAUUGAGCAUGGCUGAUGGAGAAGUAGGUCAAAUACCAUCGCAUGAAAACGACGUUGGAAUAGUAAGAGUUCAAAAUCCAAAAUGGCCGUCGAUGUCAUCGUCUGAUUGGUUGAAGGUCGUUCCAUUUGGCUUCCGACGUCUUCUGGCCUGGAUAAGCAAAACCUAUAACAAUGUUCCUAUUAUUGUUACGGAAAACGGAUAUGCCGAUUUCAGUGGGAUCCACGAUACUGCGAGAGUCACGUACUACUGUCAUUACUUGAAUGCGCUUCUGCACGCAAUACACGAAGACAAGAGUAAUGUGCACGGAUACUUCGCAUGGAGUCUUAUGGACAACUGGGAGUGGGAUGAUGGCUUUGUGUCCCGCUUCGGUCUUUACUUGGUCGAUUUUGAAAGUAAGAAUAAAACGAGGACAGCCAAGGACUCGGCGCGGCUCUACUCGAGUGUGGUGUCCUCCAGGGGCUUACCGGACAACUACGACCCCGAAGACUAUUCCGCCUUCUCCGGGGCGUCCACUAUCCUCAUUCCUACCGUCCUCCUCCUACUACCCAUGUACAGAUUACUACUGUAA